AUGGCGGCCAUAUCUGGGCACAUCGAUACCUUGAAACAUUUGGAUUCUGUCGGCUUCGACUUGUGGCUACAUGCCUAUCAGGGUCCCAAUGUACCUAGUUCGCCAUUGGUCGCAGCCUUAGAGCGCGGACAUGAGUCGGUGGUCGAAUAUCUAUGUGGAAAUGGUAGCAUACAGCGGUUGACAGAUGACCAAGUCUUCCAUGCCUGUAGAGCUGCUGCCAGUAACGGCCACGUUCAUGUCCUUCGUCGAAUAGAAAACUGCUAUCCCAAGGAGACCAAUGACUGGUGGUACAAUCACGCCGGCGUCGGGGGUGGAUUAUACCCCAAUCGAAUUGAUUGGUAUAUUUUCGGCCCUGAGAAACCGUUGAAAGAAUCAGAACGUGCUGCCAUGCUGCAGCAUUUCAUCCUGAAAGAGUCGUAUGAUAUCCAUGCCAUCGACCGGGAUGGCAACAAUGUCUUACACCUUGCUGCAGCUGAGGGAAGUCUUGAUUUAUUCCGGCAAAUAUGGAAUUCUGGCGCCGACGGGUAUCGGCCCAAUAACGCCGGACAGUCUCCGAUUGAAUCAGCAGGAAAUGACGAAAGCGGCAUUGCCAAUUGGCUAUCAAAGGAGCAGCGCGUGGAGAUACCUAUCACAAGGAAUAAAAAGAUCAAGCCGGCGAGGAUGAUAAUUGAAGCGCAGCGUCAGCUCAGGAUACAAGAAAUCAUCGUCCGACUCUUGCAUAAUUAUGGCAGAAAGGACAUUCCAGACAAAGAGGGAUUAAAAGAGAUCCUGGAGAUCAUCAAUAAGCAAUGGGCUAUAGAAAAGAUGGAUGAAAAGCUUGCUGAUAUCUGGGUACACCAUUACUCCUUUACCGCUAUGAAUGCGUAUAUCGAUAAAGCUUCAAAGGUCUUGGAAGUCAUUUCUUCAUCCGAAACCUUGUUCAACAUUUUGUUCAGAAAUCUUGAAGAUAUACCCCGAGUCAAGAUAGAGGGCGACAGAGGCCAUUUGGUGAGAUCAAGGAGUAUGGUUGCGCUUCUAGAAGCCAAGAGACGUCUCAAAGAUGCGGAUGGGAACCGUGCGAGGCUCAUAAACGGCUACCCAGCAGACGCGUAUAUCGAUGACUUAACAACUGUGGUGACGAUGUCUCUGCCACGGAAGAUCACAGCGACGCAGUGGUUUGACUUGACCUCGACUGAAAUUGGUUGCCACUCGUUUUUCACCAAAAAAAUGGAUUCUGAAGGGACCCGUGCUAAGGUAGGCCUAGACCUCCUCGAUCGCACAAGACAAGCAUUAUCCCUCAGGAUCAGUGCGCUCUUGAUGCCUUGGCAAUUGACACUUACUCACCUAUACACAUAUGUCGCAAUGCCCAUGACACAAUCUGCCUAUGCCCAUCCGACCUCCUUACGCGCUCUGAUCAAGCCCGAAGAAGACUGGACCAAGAUAUCAGAUUUUGGCAAGCGGAGGAGGAUGCAGAACCGCCUUGCUCAGCGCAAGUACCGAAAUAAAGUCAAGCGCCUUGCUGGUUCCUCUGACGAUGUAGAGGCUGACAAGCCCCGUCAAAAGCCAACCAAAUGCAAGCGCCGUUCCUCAGCAUCUCGCAGUAGGAAACCACGCUCUACAGGUCCCAGAAUACCUGGCGUCUCUCAGCAUCAAUUCAAUUCACCUGUGAAGCCUACUGGCGAGCCUGGCUUUCCCGACACCUACGACGACCAAAUCAGCUCCAACGAACAAUUCCGCUUGGGUUGCCCUGUCAAUCCUGCUUCCAUUGAGAUUCCCCUUCCUCUCUAUGACUUUACUCAGCCCGACAUAGACAUUGUAACCGCUGGUGAAUAUGCUGCCAGCACAAUGUCCUCCACAGUGCCCAUGCCACCUUCUCUUGCAACACACUUUAGCGACUCCAUCAAUUCAGAGACGUACCCCAGCAGCGAUGGAUUCAACCCGUACAUGGCCUACAGUAACAUGACUCCUAUGGAACUCAAUUAUCUCAGCCUAUACGACCAGCUCUAUCUUCAUGUGAGUCACGCCAGUAAAACAUUGCAUGAGGCUGCACGAGCUCCACGAUGUUAA